AUGGCCGCAACUGCCUCCCGCGUAGACUUAGAUCUCGAUGUGGACGGGGAGGACAUCCGGUUCGAUUCAAGUAGCCGCGUCGGCUCGACGCGUAGCUCGACGCGUAGCUUGAAAGAAAGCGACGGGGAAGGGGAAGAGGUGGUGGCCAAGAGCAGCAAAUGCAGCAGUGCAGAUGUCCAGUUCGACGAAGUCGUGGGCGAGCUAGAAGAUAUGCUCAUGGACCCAUAUUUCAUUGAGCUACAGGAGACGUUCAUGGCAGAGAACUGCGAUGUCUUUACCGAUGACGAGGAGAACAAGCUUGUCUACACUGAUCUCUUUCACAGCUAUGUGAAGCUCAUAGAAACAUUCAUAGAGAAGCGGUUGAAGGCGCGGCUGAGCUGGUUCAGCAUGUCAACCUUUUUGAUGAUGAUGAAAUCUCGGAAGGAAGCUCUAGAUGGGGAUGUAUUUGAUGUUCUGAGCAGCCUGGCGGAGUUUACUGCUUUCAAGGAGCUGAUGCUGAGCUACAAGAAUGAGCGUCAGGGCACAUCGAUCGACCUCUCGGGCCUGCUGGCGGUACAUAGCGCUGGCAAAUAG